AUGGUAGCAUGCAUCGACAUGGCAUUCUCCGCGGAUAUAGCCGUGGCCCUGUCACCCUCGUAUCAGUGUUUCUUCAAGCCUCCUCCGUCGUUCUUGGGCCUGGAGUUUCAGAGGAAGGGAAGAAGGCUCCGUCGACACUUCAACUUGGUCAUCAGCGCCCAACUUUCUGACUCCUUUUCUUUAAGUUUCGGUCUCGACUCUCCAAAUUUGAAUUCCUUCCAAUCCAAUGAUUCAUCACGGUUGUCUUGGAUGGGUCCAGUUCCAGGUGACAUUGCUGAAGUUGAGGCGUUUUGUAGGAUCUUUAGGAAUUCAGAAAGGCUUCAUUCUGCAUUAAUGGAUACAUUAUGUAACCCAUUGACUGGUGAAUGUAGUGUUUCAUAUGAGGUUCCAUCAGAUGAGAAACCUCAACUAGAAGAUAAAAUAGUUUCUGUCCUUGGAUGCAUGGUAUCCCUUGUGAACAAAGGCAGGGAGGAUAUUCUUUCCGGAAGAUCCUCAAUUAUGAAUUCCUUUCGUGCUGCAGAUGUUACUACAUCAGAGGAUAACCUCCCCCCACUUGCCCUUUUUAGGAGUGAGAUGAAAAGGUGUUCCGAGAGCUUGCAUGUAGCUCUCGAGAACUAUUUAAUACCUGAUGAUGAUCGAAGUUUAAAUGUAUGGCGGAAACUUCAAAGACUGAAGAAUGUCUGCUAUGAUUCUGGUUUUCCUCGUGGGGAGGGUUUUCCUUGUCAUACACUAUUUGCAAAUUGGAAUCCUGUACAUUUAUCUGCCUCUAAAGAGGACAUGGAAACCAAAGACACGGAAGCAGCCUUUUGGACAGGUGGUCAGGUAACAGAAGAAGGCCUAAAGUGGUUACUGGAUAAAGGAUUUAAAACCAUUAUAGAUCUCAGAGCAGAGAUUGUGAAAGAUAACUUCUAUCAAGCGGCUUUGCAUGAUACUAUUUCAUCUGGAAGAAUUGAAUUGGUGAAAAUCCCAGUUGAAGUUAGGACUGCACCUACGAUGGAACAGGUUGUGAGCUUUGCAUCUUAUGUUUCAAAUUGCAGCAAAAGGCCUAUCUAUCUGCACAGCAAGGAAGGCAUUUUGAGAACAUCUGCCAUGAUCUCCCGAUGGAAGCAGUACAUGACUCGAUCUUCAUCAAAGAUUGUUUCUAAUUCACCAGUUAAACCCUCUGACAUGUUAUCACGUUAUAGAAAUGGAUCUGCAAAACUUCAGAAUUCUUCAGUUAUUGCAGAGAAAUCCUCCCUGGAAAAGGAUAUCAAUUCAUUGCCAGAGAAUUUGGACUCAACACAUAGUUCUGUUGGAACAUUUGACAGAAGUACCUCUCAAAAGAAGUAUAAUGGUAAAGCACAAGUUACUACAGGCUUGAGUGAAGUUUCUACUGAUAACAGGGAAUUAUCAGAAGCCACUGCUGCUAAUGAGGAAGGAUCUUUUCCAAGUGACUUCAGCAAAAUUAACCCUUUAAAAUCUCAAGUUCCUCCUUGUGAUAUCUUUUCAAAAAGAGAGAUGUCAAAAUUUUUGGGAAACCGGAGGAUCUCACCACCCUCUUAUGUCAAUUAUCAGAGUAGAAGGUUGGAAUGCAUUCGGCAAUCAAGGAACAUGAAUAUCACAAGACUACGGGGAGGUGUGGAUGUCAGCAGUAGUGAUAAUCCCAUACCUAAAGUAGUAGGUCCAGAAAGUUUAAAUAGAUCUGCCCAUGUGGAUCAUCCAUCUAGCGAGUCCCAACUUACAGUCAGCAAUAGGAAUUUAGUGAACAGGAGUACUUCUAGUUCUAUUAGGACGACAGUAAAUGGAUUUUUUGAACAGGAAUACAUCACUAAUGCCAAUGGUUCCAACAUUGCGGAGGUUGAUUUUGACAAUGUGACAACUAACUCUCAAAGGAUUGAAGAUCAAAUGGUUAAGGAUAGGUUAGCCUUAAAUGAUGACGACUUGGGAUCCAUUGAAGGAAAUAUGUGUGCUUCUUCAACAGGAGUUGUAAGAGUGCAAUCAAGAAAGAAGGCUGAGAUGUUCCUAGUUCGAACAGAUGGAUUUUCUUGUACCAGAGAAAAAGUUACUGAAUCUUCUUUGGCUUUCACUCAUCCUAGCACCCAGCAGCAGAUGCUUAUGUGGAAGUCUAUGCCGAAGAAUGUGUUAUUGUUGAAAAAACUCGGGGAUGAACUAAUGGAAGAAGCAAAAUUGGUUGCUUCUUUUCUUCAUCGCCAAGAGAAAAUGAAUGUUCUUGUGGAACCUGAUGUGCAUGACAUAUUUGCUAGAAUUCCAGGCUUUGGAUUUGUUCAUACCUUCUAUAGUCAAGAUACCAGCGAUCUACAUGAAAAAGUAGAUUUUGUGGCAUGCUUGGGCGGAGAUGGCGUUAUACUGCAUGCUUCAAAUCUAUUCAGAGACGCUGUUCCCCCUAUUGUGUCAUUUAACCUAGGCUCCCUUGGUUUUCUGACUUCUCAUAAGUUUGAAGAUUACAAGCAAGACUUACGACAAGUCAUUCAUGGAAAUAAUACACGAGAUGGUGUGUAUAUUACUCUUAGAAUGCGUCUCCGAUGUGAAAUUUUUCAUAAAGGUAAAGCGAUACCAGGGAAAGUAUUUGACAUCCUCAAUGAGGUUGUUGUUGAUCGGGGCUCUAAUCCAUACCUUUCAAAGAUUGAAUGUUAUGAACAUGAUCGACUUAUAACCAAGGUGCAAGGUGAUGGAGUAAUCGUGGCCACCCCUACAGGAAGUACUGCCUAUUCUACAGCUGCUGGAGGUUCCAUGGUCCAUCCAAAUGUUCCUUGCAUACUGUUUACCCCAAUCUGUCCACAUUCACUCUCAUUUAGGCCAGUUAUACUUCCAGAUUCUGCUCAAUUAGAACUAAAGAUUCCGGAUGAUGCAAGAAGUAAUGCCUGGGUUUCAUUUGAUGGGAAGAGAAGGCAGCAACUCUCGAGAGGUGAUUCUGUCCGAAUAUCUAUGAGUCAACAUCCCCUUCCAACUGUUAACAAAUUUGACCAAACGGGUGAUUGGUUCCAUAGCUUGAUUCGCUGCCUAAAUUGGAAUGAGAGACUUGAUCAAAAGGCUCUGUAA